GUUGACCAUCUUGAUUGGAGGUCGUAGGCUCGGAUAACCUUUCGACAUGGCUUGGCUGAGCACAACUUAAGUGGACUAUCGACAUGGCGGAGAACUCAGCAAGUUGUAAACUGCCUUGUCUCCCAAAGUUACCAUCGUCGGCUCAACCCCGAGCAAGGCGGAGGUGAUCGCAGAGCAUUACCAGAGCAUGUGGCCAGCUGAGAUCAUCUCGUGGUCAACAGGGACAUCAAUAAAUAGCCACCCUGCUGCUCGUUUCCCCUCCAGCACUACCACCACACCCACGCCCAAUACUCCCUCAUCCCCUUCAGUAUAGUUUAGUACAGUACCCUUCUUCACCAAGCUUAUCAUCAUCUUCUCGAAGUUCCUGGGAGAACUCUAGAGGCCAGCUUGUAGUAAGAAAACCAAAAACAAAACUUUUUUUAGAACAAAAAAAACAACAAAAAAAUGGCCUUAUCGGAUAUCCGGAUAUUUCGUCUACUAGUCCAAUUGGCUCUGAUGACACUUUCGCUGUCAGUCAUCGGUCUAUGCAUCAAGGCCAUGAACGAAUUGGCCGAAGAUAGGCGCAAGGUCGCCAACCUGUUUCCCUUGGGCAGAAUCCUAGCUAGACCGAUUGUUGGAGUGGGAAUCGCACUGGUCAUCACUUGCAUUGGGAUCAUUUUCGUGGCGAUCCUCAACUCGAUAUAUAUCUUGAAGGACAGAUUCCCGCAGGCCAUCCGGAAACGCUGCCCACAGUCAAUGAGCACUAAGACGAUGUCCGUCUUCGCCGUCAUCCUCACCCCGAUCAACAUCGUCCAGAGCUAUCUGACAGCUGGUCAGAGCUCUCGAGUGACCUCGAGCGUUGUUUCCGAAGCGACCAUCGAGCAAAUUCUUGAGUACACCGGACGAAGUUUGCGGUACAAGGAUAUGGUAGUCGUCGUCGAUUACACCGUGAUCUCCUGGAUCAUCUUGCUCCUCCUCAUCGUCGGAAUUGUCAUCGAAUCCUCUAAAUUUUCUCGACCCGAAUACGGGGAUACCACGAAAGAGCAGCUCAGCGCAUAAGCCAAGACUGAUUCAAGAGAAAUCAGAUAGGAUUCUUCUUUAACCGUCUGUAACAACA